AUGUCAAACUUCACGAAUUCUCAAAAGUCCCGAACAACGCACACAAGUUGGCGAAGUGAAAGUGAGAGUGUUGGCAGCAGGCCGCACAAUCCACUGCAAGAAAUCACUUCAUCGAGCACAGCGGAUUAUUAUAACACUGCGAACAUUUCAAAUAACCUACACCUUGACCGAACAAACCCAACCCAGAGAACCGGUUCAGUAACUACCUCGACAACAUCGUCAUCAUUUGCCUCAAGUAAUGGCGAUACCACAGUUCAUAACUCCCGCCAACGGAAUCCACUCGCUCAGCCACGACCAUACUUUGCGCCGAAUAGCGUUGCUGGUUACCUUUGGCCUAAUAAAGACCAAUGUAAUAGUAAUAACUAUAGACAGCGCAAUGACCAGAGAAUGUCCAACACUUGGUUACGUGACUCAUCUCAGUCAAGUAGAGGUAGCAACAGUAGUACUGAAAGUGGUAUUUUCUCUGGUGACAGCUGUGCUGGCGAUAUAAAACCCGUGUAUAGUAGUAACGAUCGCAACAAUCACCUAAAUUGUCCUCCAAAUCAUCGUAAUAGUAGGGGUUUCAAUAGAUACCCGCCCGGAAUGCCGCGUCCAACUCCGGCUUCACAUUUCGCCAGCAGUAAUAGCUUUAAUGCGCCAGCGGCUUCAAGCUUACCACAACCGCCACAGAGUUGGUUGUUUAGCAGGGCGGAGGCUCUAGUUAAAGAAGAGGACCUGAAGGAGGAGCGAGCGCUAGAAAAGAAGUCGAAUACUUUCGACUAUUAUAAUUUGAAGAUGUUGCUCACCGUGGAAGCAUAA